AUGGCACCACGGAUAACCACGUUUUCGGUGUUCUUGCUUAUCUUCUCCAUCCAGUUGGUUGGGGUGUCGAUCGCUGAGCUAGAACCACUGGGAUUGAGCCGCCAAAAGCGAACCCUCGUUUUCACGGAGGACAGCGCCACUGGGAUCUUGAUUGCGCUCUCCGUGCCACUGCUGAUCACCGGCCGGAACAUCUUCAUGGCGUACAACUUCGAGGCGAACUACGGCAUGCCUGGUGAUGCGAGUGACUUCACGCAGGGUGUGCUAAAGAAGGUGGACAACGAUCAGAUUCACGAGGCUGCUGAAGGAGAGGCAGGUGCAUCGGAAGGAGAACGUAGCAUCCGAUCGGUGAACGAACCGGCGCGGUUUACACGCAAGAAGUUGUACCGCACGAUCGAGCUAAAUCUGACCCGGUACGGGUAUGACGGCAAGAAGUGCAUUCUGCGGAUGAUCUGCGAACUUGCCAGCCAUCCGGUGCAUACCGAGAACGGGAUUCUGGGUGACUUGUUGCAGCUGGUAUUCACACCUUCCGGAUCGCACUACGAACGGCUGCCGAGAGAGUUUUAUCUGGCCGAGGAGCUUGGAGAGCAGCACAAUUGCACCAAGUACAGCAAACACUGCCCCAAAGAUCCGCUGGACGUGAUUAGUUUAAUGUUGUAA